GGCUCGUGGACCUACUCCACCUAGCACCCAUGAACUUUUCGGUCCUCCGCGCGCCGUCUCACCCCUCUCACGGACAAUGAAGACGACUCGCAGGUGCAGGGGCCUCCUGUCGGUCAGCUUGAACUUCUUCGCCCUUUUCUUCUCCAUAACUGCGUUUAUAACGACGUACUGGUGCGUGGGGACCCAGAGGGUCCCCAAACCAAAGUGCAGCAAACUGCGCACUCACCAGUGCAUAGACUACGGAGUGAACGAGACGGACCCGAACAAGGUGGUGUAUAGCUGGGAGACCGGGGACGACCGCUUCCUCUUCAGACAGUUCCAUACCGGCAUCUGGUACUCAUGCGAGGAGAACAUCCACGAUGAAAGUGAGAUGUGCAGAAGCUUCAUCGACUUGGCCCCUGCAUCAGAGAAAGGCAUGCUGUGGCUGUCGCUGGUUUCUGAGAUGCUGUACAUUGUCCUGCUGGUGGUUGGCUUCAGCCUCAUGUGUUUAGACCUGGUCCACUCCAGCAACGUCAUCGAUGGACUCAAGCUCAACGCCUUCGCUGCCGUCUUCACUGUGCUCUCAGGUCUUCUGGGCAUGGUGGCUCAUGUGAUGUACACACAGGUGUUCCAGGUCACUGUCAGCCUUGGCCCACCCGACUGGAGACCCUACAACUGGGACUAUGGCUGGUCCUUCUGCAUGGCCUGGGCGUCCUUUACCUGCUGCAUGGGCGCAUCAGUCACCACCCUCAACUCCUACACGAAGACAGUCAUCGAGUUCAGGCACAAGCGCAAGACCUUUGAGCAAAGCAUCCGCGAAGAGAAUGCGCGGGAAGCUUUUGGAUAUUACCGCGAACGCUCCGUGCACUCUAUCUCAAAAUCCGUGGAGGUUUAUCCCAACCAGUCGCUAAAAAGUAGCAGGAAAACUCCCAUACCUGCUGACUCUCUGGACCUGAGUGACGGUGCGGGAUCUUUGGGGGAGGAGCAGUGCUGA